AGCGAACAACACGCCAAAUCCAUUCAAAGUGCACGUAAUUUCUAAUUGAGUGUCAAGUUUAAAGAUGAUCAAAAUGAAAAUAUUAGUUGUGCCUUUGCUACAGUCAAUUAUGCUAAUUGGCUCCCUGGAAGCGAAUUGCCCUGUUUUUCUCACCGUUUCGCUGACUGGCAAGACCCUGCAGGACACCUUUUUGGAGGUCAAUUGGGGUCCCAAUUGCUAUGGACCGCCCCAGUGGGUUGGCAUCUACGGCCAGGAUCCGACAAUCUCCAAUUUUCAGCCCGAAUUCCGUAUCGAUGGGAUUGCCAAUAGAACGGGCAAGAUGAUAACGCCAAUAAAGCUGGGUAAGCUGCAUUUUCCUGGUGGCUGGAAUCGACAGGAUGCCGGCGAUCAGCCUGCAAUCCGAUAUCCCACGGGCAAGUGUCUGGCUCACUUCGUGGCCAGCUAUAAUGGCACUGAGCUGCUCACCGUGGACUGUCUCAAGAUACAGCCCAACUGGAUAUCCCAGAUCAAGGACGUUAGUCAGAUGCCCCUGAAGAACAUCUUUCUGCCGGGCACCCAUGCCUCGGGUGCCUUCGUCGGUAGCUCCAACAAAACCAAUUCGAUUCUGGUCAGAGACUAUCUGGUGGCUCAGCAAUUCGAUGUUUGGUCCCAGCUCGUAUUUGGCAUCCGCUAUCUGGAUUUCAGCAUUGGUUACAAGAACAUGAAUACCGAAAAUGAUGCGGACAACUUUUGGGUUGCCAACGAGAACAUGCUUAUAACACCUUUGGUCGCCAUACUCCGUGAUGUUCGUUUGUUUGUCAAGCGAUCUGGGGAGAUGAUAGUGCUGGAUUUCAGUAGUUUUCCGAUCGGGUUCUACAAGCACCCGGAGAUCUACAGUUCACUGUUCCGACUUCUUCGCCAGGAGCUGGGCGAUGUGGCCUAUCGGCGCAAUGUCACCCAGGACGAGCACUGUGCUAACCGCAAUUUCCGGGAGCUACUGCAGCAGAAUAGACAUCUGGUGAUUCUGUUCCCCAAACAGGAAUUGCCUUAUCCCGAAAAUGAAUCGAAUAUGAUCUGUCCGCCAUGGCGACGCUUCAGCACCAGCUUCAUGAACAUCUCGCAAACACUGGACUAUAUGCGUCUGCUUUUUAGCAAAAAGCCAGAUUCGCCGGUGCGCGACGAUGGUUGGAUAUUCACCGCGGUGAGGAGUAUGGAGCAGACCUUGAACACCCACCAACUGCAGACGGCCAAGGAGCGGGCGGCGGUGCUCAAUCCCAAGGUUAAUCAGUGGCUUAAAGGUCCUUGGGGUAACAAUGCCAAUGUCGUUGCCAUGGACUAUUUCAGCAAUACCAAUAUUGUGGAUCUAGCCAUUCAAGUGAAUGCCCACAAGGCGUUUAUAAUGGCCAACGAGGAUUAUAUUAAUUUGGAAAUUUUGAAUUUGUGUUAGUAUUUCAUUUUAAUUCUAAAUUUCAAUAAACGAUAUUUUAAGAAGCAA